GGGGGGGCGGGGCCUGGCUGCCAACCUGAAUGGAUGCAUGCAGAUUGUGCUCCGUAUGAAAAGCUCCAAAAGUGCCCUAAUUACGAACUCUUACCCGAUCAAAAUCAGAUACCUGAAGAUUGGUAACAAGCUAACUUCAUCUCUGCAACACCGGGCAGCUUAGUAGACGCAAAACGAGCAGCAUAGCCUCGAAGCACAACUGCGGCCUACAAGCGGGGCUGGCGUGGAAGAAGCGGCCGAUCUUCCUGCUGGCAAUCCUGCUGAUAAACGAGAACACAGCAAGAGCUCCCCUCCCCCCCCCCUUGCCGGCGGGGGUUAUCCCGGCUCCAGCACUCACACCGUAUUCCUAACCACCCACUGGCCCGCCGACCCAGCACACGUUCAUGAGGGACGAAUCGGCGGGAGCCAAGAUGGCGGGCGCAGAUCCUAAUAACAUGCCACGAGGCCUGAGGGAAGAGACUCUCACAAAGCUGGAUGCAAUAUUCAAGGCAUUCUGGUGCAGGCUCGAAGAGAGGCAACAGCGCGCUGGCAUGCAAGGCUACGCACCUCCGGCGGCUGAUUCAAAGCAACAAAAUAAGCUUGCACCAGGGGCCCAUAAACGGGUAACCUCCACACUGCGACCACACACCACCGGGGUCUCCCGUUCCUCGUCACCCGCACAAGCACUGACUCACACUAAGAAGCGGGGGACAGUCCGCAAUCCAGCUGUGGCAGUCCCACAUCGAUGCAACCACAGGAGGAGACCCACUACAGCACAAGCGACUCACCUAAAGUGCCACAUCCAGCUGCAGCCCAAGGGGCGAAUCAUUACAGCAUUGUUGAAAGCGAGGAGGUCGGCUGGACACUACCGCCAACAGCACAACACGAAUCCUUUAAGGGAUCUUGUACAUCACAAGGCAAAGCACCAAGGAGGAGGGUCGCUGUCCCAGGCUAUGGCCAACACCACACCACAAGCUUGCACUCACCUGAGCUUACCAGGGACAGACAAAGCCUUGCACCCCCCCUGCCUGACUGGACGCUUCGCUGAUCGGGACUGUGUAGACCCACUAAAAGGCAUCGGUUAGCGGCAAAUACAGGGCCUUGCGCUGCCACAGGCCUCUCGCCACGCUAGGCCACACAUAGCAGCAACUAAAUUAGCUAGCCUAGCUCGAUAUCUAACACAUAUGGUUGAACAGGAACCCAGUGCCGUUAUUACACUCCAUUGUUUUAUAUUGUUUUUCCUUGUUUAUAUGUUAGUCAUACAACAUUGCACCAAUAGUAUUUUCAAUCUACCACAAUUAGCCGGGGCUGUCUAAUAGGCGUCAGAGGCCAGUGGUAUACUAACAUAUACCUUCUCAGCUCUCAGGUGUAGAUCCAUAGUUCAGUAUGUUUAAUCACACCUAUAAAAUUGUGCACUCUCCUCACAGGCUAAGACACCGUCUAGACAUAUGUUCCUAGAAUGAUGAUUGCUGCCAACAUGGCAUCUCAAGCCCGUAAAAACCUAGCUUGCAAUACUCUCUAAUAUUAUUAUAACCUGUAUUAUGUGAAGCCUGCUUCUUAUUUUAUUAGUUAUCGUUUUGGAUAUAACUCUGUGUCAAGCGUUAAUAACCCAAAAAAUGUGCAAAGUUUUUUCCCUGCCUAAUUACUGUGAAUCUAUGUUUAACUCUGCAUGUUCUAGCUGUUGUGGCAGGAUGUGAUAUAUGUGAUUUUUCCAUGCACAAAUAAAAUAAAGAAUUUAAAAAAAAAAAAA